AUAUGGCGGGUUCCCGGCGUCGGGUCCCUCGAUGCUCCAGCUCGGGCAGUUCCGACGGUUGUUCCGUCAUUCGCAGACUGCCCGGCGUCCGGCUCACAGGAGAGUUUCUCUCCGAGUGACUUUCUCCUUUCGACUAUUCAUUUUCCCUUUUCUCUUUGUCUGAUCCGAGACAUUGAAGAACCGAUUACGCUUUGCUUUUAUGCAUCGACCGACAGACACCCACAACAGAUUAGUUUGCAACCGGUCGAUCUUUUUUGGAGGAUAAUAUCAGGGAAUCUCUUGGUAUCAAGGGCUUCUCUUGACCUUCGAACGUUGGAGAACGUACGCUCACCAGAGAUCGCCUAAUUUUCGGACUGCUCUGUUUAUUCAUCUGAUCUAAUCUUCUAAUCUGAACUGACAGACUUACUAGAUAACUCUAUCUGAUCUUAUCUGCCCCUCAGCUAAGCCCUUUCCAACAUCUCCGUUGUCAUUAUCUUUGAAACUUAACUGAGGCUGGAAAGACCAUUGGAUCAGACUCAAUAUCAGCGGCGAUUGAAAUUUUCAAAUCUUGCAAAGCCGUUGAUUGAAGCGCUGAACGUGGGUGCCAACAUUAAUUGCAGGAAACAGCAAAAACUUACGGUCAAUUUGCAGAACCGAAGCUGUGCUUGUACGUGUCUGUAGAUUAAAAAAAGUGUUUGGACUCACUAGACCUGGCUAGCGAAUGCACGCGAAUAGUGAGUGGUGCCUUGUCACGGAUAACCACUGCGUGACAAACGUAAACAAGUAUCGAUACCUUGUAGGGCGAACGUACUUAAGACAUCUAUAUCGGCUGAACGUCGGCGGCGAUAAUCUGCCGAAAUGGCUCGACCUACACCCCUACAACAGCUUCUGUCGCUUUCGCUGUUAUGGCUUCUUUCGUGCCUCUCAAGCUGGCUGCCAAGCUUGAAUGGUCAAUUCUUGCUUGGUACGUUUACGCAUCCUGAGAGUUACACACCACAAAGACGGAUUCCGCUUUUUCCCGGCCAACUGACAUCGGUUCAAUCCAAGAUCUAUAGGUCACUCCACAGCGGUGCUGGAUGGCGCACUCCCAAUAGCCAUUUCCCGCCAGCAGGCGUCCUGAGUCAUCGAAUGGGGAUUUUCGAUGAAAUUCGUAAUACUAAAAAAGCUAGUCGCUGCAUGAAGCGCUCCUUGUCGCUUUGUCGUGACGUUCUACCGUAUAAAGAAACGAUGUUUCCUAAUCUCGUAGGAGACCAGGAUAUAGCCGCUAUGAACCGGUCUCUUCUGUUCUUCCAAUAUCUACUCAAGGACAACUGUAAUCCUCGUAUGAAACAGCUCGUCUGCGCUCUACUCGAGCCACCCUGCCAGCACGGAAAAGUGACGCUGCCUUGCCGGAAAUUCUGCAAAGUCGCGACGGAGGGUUGCCAAAAAUUCAUUCCGGCACGCCUGUCAAUGUCGAAGGUGUUCGAUUGUACCCGCUACCCAGAUUCUGAGGACUCAGCUGUUUGUCUUAAUCUCGCGAAAAACCCCUCUUGUCUGCCAAGCGAGUUUCAAUGUCCAGACCAGUCGUGCAUCCCCAAGGCAUGGAGGUGUGAUGGCGUUCGUGACUGUGCCUUCGCCGCCGAUGAGGCUAACUGUACAUCAUGCAAUGACGAGGAGUUCCAGUGCGAUUUCCGCUGCAUACCGAAAACGUGGCGUUGCGAUGGAGAAAAAGACUGUAUGGACGGUGCCGACGAACGGGGGUGUCGGCCCCGUCGAGAGUGUGGCCCAGAUCGUUUCCAGUGCCAUGACGGGUCCGGAUGUUUCCCGAAACGAUGGGUUUGCGACGGAAAGGCUGAAUGCAGAGACCGUUCUGAUGAACUAGACUGCGAUAAGAGGACAGAGUGCACUUCUGGAGAUUUCCGCUGUUCUAACGGUAUCUGUAUCCCGCAAGUGUGGCGUUGCGAUGGCCAGCAUGAUUGCAAGGAUGCAUCGGACGAAGAACGCUGCAGUCCCGCCCAACGACUGGUCAACCUUAUCUCCACAAACCACAUCCAUUUCAAAAAGAAGUAGCAGGUGAAGCUGUCCAAUGGAAAAUCGCUAUCAAGUGUCAUAUAAGAGGCCAGUAAAUGUCGAGAAACGCCAGUGACAAUAGCCGUAAAUAAUGAUCAUUACCUCCCAUCAUUGGCAUCAGCUCGCCGUCAGAACAAAACCAUCAUCUUCAUGACAGAUUCCUUGCAAUGCUCCAGAUUGGCUCAUAAAUGGUAUCAGGUCUGCUUUCAGAUAUUGCUCAUCGUAUUUCAUUGACUUUUUGGUAACAGUUGAAUCGCAUGUGUCUCAUUCUAAUAAUGACAUUGAGCUAGCAAACGAGAAUGAUACAUAAAUACAGGUACCCGAUCAAUCAAAAUACGUAAUAGUUGUAAACGUUUGGGGCUAGCUCGUUAAGAUGGUAUUGAAUUAUUGGUAUAAUUUUGCCCUUUGAAAAAACGCACCAAUGCACCUCCAUCGUAGCGUAUAGUAGAAAUAUCGCGCCCGUAGAAACGAGAAGGCAGCUAUUUCUGACAAUACCAAACCAUCAACAGUUUAAUCUAAAUGCCAUCGGCCGCUGGCUAGAAAUUCGGAUAAAGUGGUCCAAAUGAUUUCCGUGCCGAAUCGUUCACAGAAUAGUACCGUCAAAAAUUAACUUGACUGCGUCUACGGCUGAACUUAGAUAAAAGCGUUAGAGAGUUAAGCAACGCACUACAAUAUAAACACGGCAUAGUUCUAUUAGAGCGCAGUUUCAUUAAAUGAAGCCUUAACCAACGCUGUGAGCAAACAUCGUAGUCAGAGUAAAUGAUAGAAAAGAUUCCAUAGCAUUCAGUGGAAAUCGACGCCGUUGACGAUAUCUCAGAACCAUAUAACUACAAUUGCAUAUAUUGCCUAUAGCUAUUGGAUCCCUUUAUCAAUAGAGGAAAACAUUCACAAAAUCAGUAAGACGUGACGACUCUUAAAUAUAUAAGGUUUAAACAUGAAGCAAUGCGACUACUGAUAAACGAGGAUAUGCGGCUAAUUUUCAGUGAUAUAGAUCUGAGACAAAGUAGAGAGUCAAGGUUUAUAGCUCGACAAAGACCUUCGAUGUAUUGAUGAAGUUGGCUAAGUGCCUCCACGAACUGGACUCCGUCGUUAGGUUACAAGCAGAGCUGUUCGACCAUUAAAUAUAUAUCCAUGCUAUCCAUGUCCUUGACACCGUUACUCAUUUGUCAAAACGUAUGGACGUUCAAGGUGUGAUCGUAGUAAAUUAUUUAUUUCUUGCUUUUUAUACACACACAAGAGCACAAAGAAAACUAUUUAUUCGUUCGACGUCGAGAUAUGUCCAGGGGUGCAUAGAUCGCUGCUGGAAUUUUUAGGGAAAGAAAGCUAUACUAGUUACGAUCGCCGUCAUUUUCAACUGCAUUGGUCUCCUUCGAUGGUAGUCAAAUAUAAAAUUUAUAGUGGACUCUGAUUUUGGACA